AUGACCGUUAUGAUGAUGAUGCGCUACGUGCUGUGUAUCCUCGCUCUCCUGCUCUCAUGUGCGUGUGUGCACGUCCUCGCUGAAGAAGUGCCUGCCGCCGAUCUUUCCGACCAAGUCCCUGAUACGGAGAGUGAGACUAAGCUUCAUCUUCAGCCUGGUGAACCUGAAGAUACUCAGUGCACUAAUAAUCCUCCUGACAAUCUUAAGACAUGUCAGAAAAAACCCGAAGCUCCUCCUAAAGUGCCUGAGGUUCCUAAAGAGGUGGUUCCUGAGAAAAAAGUAGCGGUUAUUCCUCCAAAAAAACCCGAAGUUCCUCCUGCCGUAGCUCCUGAAGAUCAAGGUCAACAUGAAGAUAAUGGUGUUUCUGAUCCUCGUGUCGGAACUACUGAAAUGGGUGGCGCUGUUGUUCGUGGUGAAGUGGGUGAGACCGGCUCUUCCGGUUCUUCUGCUGAUGCUCCUGGUACUGCUGCUAAUCCAGCACCUGCUGAACCUAGGGCAGAUCUCACUGAAGCUGAUGGUGCAGGUGAAGUGCAAACUGAAGGGGACAGCAACAAUGCAGGAGGUGGAAGUGCGGCUAGCCAAGGAAAUGGAGCACCACAACCAUCUUCUUCUUCUCCCAGCAGCUCAACAUCGGGGAAUGCCGCAGCUGCGGAUACUGAAACAACAGAGAACGGCACUACAUCUGCAGGGAGUGAAUCAACAAAUACCCAAGAAGAGGUUGCAGAAAAUACAGAAAACACGACCACGACCACCACCACCACAACAACAACAACACUUCCUCCUGAACUCACAAACAACAAGAAGGGUGAUGCAGACAGCAGCAGCAGUAUCAGCAGUUCUGUGUGGGUGCGUGUACCACUACUGAUUGUGGUUACACUGGCCUGUAUUCUUGUGUGCUGA